GUAGACACGAACAAAAGGUAAAAAAAUUAAAAACAAAUUUCGUUUAAGCACCAGUUAUUGAGCCAUUAUUUUGAUUUUAAAUUUGAUCAUGUUGUACAUACUUAUAUUCCAGUGAUGCCUGGUUGUAAUUUGCUGUUGCUGCUCACUGCAUUUAUCCUGACAAUACUGAAAUCAGCUAAUUCAAAUAAAAUGGCUAAUACAGUAGAUGAGUUGUUCGUUCGCAAAACCAACGAUUUCGCUUUAGAGCUCUAUAAGCAAAUUAUUUCCAGCACGGAGAAAAAUGUUGUAAUUUCACCGUUUUCUAUUAGUACCUGUUUGUCUUUUGCUGCUAUGGGGGCAACCGGCUUAACUGCAGAAGAAAUGUUCUCAGUGUUGAAAUACGGAAACGCCUCUGAAAAAAGUAAAAUUGCUAAAAAUUAUGGCAAUGUACUUGAAAAAUUAGAGUCUAACGAUAGUCUUAAGAUCGCCAACAAAAUGUACAUUAUGGACAACUAUUCAUUGAAACGAAACUUCCACGAUAUCGCCGCCAAAAACUUUCGAUCAAAUGCGGAACAUAUUAAUUUCGCGGACAACACCCAAGCCGCAAAAACAAUUAAUUCUUGGGUCGAGAUAAAAACCAAAGAAAAAAUCAAGGAUUUAAUUUCUCCAGAUAUCCUAGACGAUAAUACCCGUAUGGUGUUAGUGAAUGCUAUUCAUUUCAAAGGCACAUGGGUACAUCAGUUUGAUCCAGCUGCGACAACACCAAUGCCAUUCUGGAUUAGUGCUACAGAAUCAGUCGACGUGCCAAUGAUGCAAACUAAAAAGCAUUUUAAACACGGUGUUUUUGAAGAUCUCGGCUUUGCUGCUUUGGAACUUUCUUACAAUGACAGUGACGUCAGUAUGCUAAUUUUACUUCCGAACGAAAGAGAUGGUUUGUCCAUACUGGAACAUAAUCUGCUCGGCUUAGAUAUAUUCGAAAUUCAGAAAAAAAUGUACAAUCAAGAGGUAAACGUAUUUUUGCCGAAGUUUAAAAUUGAGUUCGACAUCGAUCUUAAAAAUACGCUGGAGAAGCUCGGAAUGUGUACAAUGUUUACAGACCAAGCUGACUUCAGUGAUCUUCUGGACCAAUCAGAACCGCUUAAAGUUUCAAAUGUAGUGCACAAAGCGUUUAUUGAAGUCAAUGAAGAGGGAGCAGAAGCCGCUGCUGCUACCGCAACCGCAAUGCGCGUUAAAAGAUCAUGUCGGCUAACUACGUCCUUCAAUGUAAAUCGCCCAUUCGUCUAUAUACUUCAGUCAAAAACACAAAUCGUAUUCAUUGGCAAAAUGAUUCGCUCCAUUCGAACAGUAUCCAACAGACACGAAGAAUUAUAACUACCAAUUGUUAAUUUUGUACUAAGUUCAGAGAAUACAUUCUUCAUUAUGACACAAAAGUGAAUCUUCA